ACUACUACUACUACUACUACUACUACUACUACUACUACUACUACUACUACUACUACUACUACUACUACUACUACUACUACUACUACUACUACUACUACUACUACUACUACUACUACUACUACUACUACUACUACUACUACUACUACUACUACUACUACUACUACUACUACUACUACUACUACUACUACUACUACUACUACUACUACUACUACUACUACUACUACUACUACUACUACUACUACUACUACUACUACUACUACUACUACUACUACUACUACUACUACUACUACUACUACUACUACUACUACUACUACUACUACUACUACUACUACUACUACUACUACUACUACUACUACUACUACUACUACUACUACUACUACUACUACUACUACUACUACUACUACUACUACUACUACUACUACUACUACUACUACUACUACUACUACUACUACUACUACUACUACUACUACUACUACUACUACUACUACUACUACUACUACUACUACUACUACUACUACUACUACUACUACUACUACUACUACUACUACUACUACUACUACUACUACUACUACUACUACUACUACUACUACUACUACUACUACUACUACUACUACUACUACUACUACUACUACUACUACUACUACUACUACUACUACUACUACUACUACUACUACUACUACUACUACUACUACUACUACUACUACUACUACUACUACUACUACUACUACUACUACUACUACUACUACUACUACUACUACUACUACUACUACUACUACUACUACUACUACUACUACUACUACUACUACUACUACUACUACUACUACUACUACUACUACUACUACUACUACUACUACUACUACUACUACUACUACUACUACUACUACUACUACUACUACUACUACUACUACUACUACUACUACUACUACUACUACUACUACUACUACUACUACUACUACUACUACUACUACUACUACUACUACUACUACUACUACUACUACUACUACUACUACUACUACUACUACUACUACUACUACUACUACUACUACUACUACUACUACUACUACUACUACUACUACUACUACUACUACUACUACUACUACUACUACUACUACUACUACUACUACUACUACUACUACUACUACUACUACUACUACUACUACUACUACUACUACUACUACUACUACUACUACUACUACUACUACUACUACUACUACUACUACUACUACUACUACUACUACUACUACUACUACUACUACUACUACUACUACUACUACUACUACUACUACUACUACUACUACUACUACUACUACUACUACUACUACUACUACUACUACUACUACUACUACUACUACUACUACUACUACUACUACUACUACUACUACUACUACUACUACUACUACUACUACUACUACUACUACUACUACUACUACUACUACUACUACUACUACUACUACUACUACUACUACUACUACUACUACUACUACUACUACUACUACUACUACUACUACUACUACUACUACUACUACUACUACUACUACUACUACUACUACUACUACUACUACUACUACUACUACUACUACUACUACUACUACUACUACUACUACUACUACUACUACUACUACUACUACUACUACUACUACUACUACUACUACUACUACUACUACUACUACUACUACUACUACUACUACUACUACUACUACUACUACUACUACUACUACUACUACUACUACUACUACUACUACUACUACUACUACUACUACUACUACUACUACUACUACUACUACUACUACUACUACUACUACUACUACUACUACUACUACUACUACUACUACUACUACUACUACUACUACUACUACUACUACUACUACUACUACUACUACU